AUGGCUGAUCUUCCUUUCCGUGAAUUCGUGGGGUGUCUCAUGUACGCGGCCCUCACUGUGCGCUUUGAUAUUGCCUUCACGGCCGGACAAUUGGCGCAACAUUGUCAAAACCCUGGUUUGGAACACUGGAAAGCUGCCAUACGGGUUUUUAGGUAUCUUAAGGUAACAUUCAAUCAUCGCCUCUGCUUCGGAGGAAACGACUCCAACUACCAUGUCCUGGUGGGCUAUUCAGACGCUGAUUACACGGGCGACACGGAUACUAGACGUUCUACUUCGGGUUAUGUUUUAAUUUUAAAUGGUGGUGCUGUUACAUGGUCUAGUAGAAGGCAAGCAAUUGUUGCUUUGUCCACAAUGCAAUCAGAUUACAUUGCUGCCAGCGAGUCAACCAGAGAAGCAGUAUGGCUUUUGCUGGACAUUUUGGGUACAACCCAGAUUCUACCUACACUUAUCCGCUGCGAUAAUGAAAGUGCGAUUGGACUCGCCGACAACCCUUUAGCUCACAAAAGAGCUAAACAAAUUGAGGUCCGUUAUCAUUGUAUUAGAGAACAGGUUGAGGUCUAA